AUGAAUGUUGGGAGUGAGCCUGUUGUGAUCGCCUUUAGCCUCUGGAGUGUGGUAGCAACCCCGCGCGCACAGAACCUCCGCCAUCUGCCCAAGCUAUUCGAUAUCCUCUCUUCCCGCACAGGUGUCGACCACCCUCUGUGCGCAGAAUGCACCCACUCCCUGAUCGACGGGCUUAACAAGCAACUCGACGAGGCCCGGCGAGAGAGAGACGGCUACAUCGCCUUCGAGCGGGAAGCGAAACGAGAGCUAGAGCGAGGCAGAGCAGGGGUAGGGGAAGAAGCGAGCCACUUGGAUAAACUGAGGCAAGACGAGAGCGCCGCUGUGCUCGAACUAUCCGCUGCGGAAUCUGAGCUCCAGAAGCUGGAACAUGAGCUCGCGGCUCUGCGCUCCGAAUCUGAUGCUCUGGACCUAGAAGAACGCGCUUUCUGGGCCGAACAAGCCAGUACGCAAAUCGCGAGUUCCACCCUGCGCGCCUCGCUCUCCUCCUUACGGUCUGCGAUCCGCACUUCGGAAAGAGAGCUCGACGCCCUCGAGCGGACGAACGUAUACGACGACGCCUUUUGCUUGGGGAGCGACGGGGUGUUCGGGACGAUCAAUGGCCUCCGGCUAGGGAGAGCGGGGACGGUCGUCGUUGACUGGUCAGAGAUUAACGCUGCUUGGGGCCAGACGCUGCUCCUCUUACACACGCUGGCGCGCAAGCUGGAAUUUACCUUCGACGGCUGGGAACUGCACCCUCUUGGAUCCUUCUCCCGGAUCAGCAGAGCGGGGAAGGACGAUUCCUAUGAACUGUAUGCGAGCACGGACAUUGUCGUCACGAGGUUGCUCCAUAAUAGGAGGUUUGACUACGCCAUGGUCGCUUUCCUGGAUUGUCUACGACAAGUAGUGGAGUUUGUGAAGAGGAAAGACUCGACUUUGGAUUUCGUUUAUUCCAUAAACAAAGACAGGAUAGGGGACGCUUCGGUCAAGCUCCAGUUCAGCCAGGAAGAGACUUGGACAAAAUCGAUGCGGUAUAUCUUGGUCGUGCUCAAGCGGCUGUUGAGGUGGGUGGUCAAUAUGGACACUUAG